ACGCGCACACUGCACACAAACGCUGCUAGCUCGCCAGGUAACCGAGAGAGAAAGUAGACUAAGCUCAAGAUGGCAACGACAAUCGUGACCGCCGCGACGGGGGUGAUGAACCCCAUCAUCGGCAAGCUCACCAAGCUGAUGGGAGAAGAGUACAAGAAGCUCAAAGGGAUGAGAAAGGAGGUGGCUUUUCUCAAGGACGAGCUCAGCGCCAUGAAUGCUGCCCUUGAGAAGCUGGAGAUCAUGGAAAAGCUCGAGCCAGGUACCAAGGACUGGAGGGACCAUGUCAGGGAGAUGUCCUACGACAUGGAGAAUUGCAUCGAUGACUUCAUGCAGGAUAUUGGAGGUGCCGACGCCAAUGCCAGUGCUGGUUUCAUGAAGAGGAUGUCUCGACGGCUGAAGACGUUGAGGGUGCGUCACCGGAUUGCUGGCCAGAUCGAGGAGCUUAAGGCUCGUGCAGUAGAGGCGAAUGAACGGCGAAUAAGGUACAAGAUUGAUGAUUGCAAUACUAGUUGUGGCUCUGUGGAUAUUGAUCCGCGGAUUUCAGUGAUGUACAAAGACGCUGCUGGACUUGUGGGUACUGAUGGCCCAAAGAAGGAGAUUGUCAGUUUGUUAACAGUCACCGAGAAGAAGCUCAAGGUGGUAUCCAUCGUGGGAUUUGGAGGACUGGGUAAAACUACCCUUGCUAAUCAGGUGUAUGAUGAUCUCGAAGGGCAAUUUGACUGUAAGGCAUUUAUUCCUGUCUCUCAAAAACCAGACAUGCCACGGCUUCUCAACAAGCUAAGAUUAAAGCUUGGGAUAAAUGAAUCCUCUGGUAUUUGUGAGGUGCAAGACAUCAUCGAUCAACUUAGAGAACACCUUGCAAACAAGAGGUAUUUUAUUGUAGUCGAUGACUUGUGGGAUGAAGAAGCAUGGGACAUGAUAAGAUGUGCCUUUCCAGAAAAUGGUAACGGGAGUAGAGUAAUAGUAACCACCCGAGUGAAAGCCGUUGCAAUCUCAGCAUGUUCAAAUAAUUAUGAGCACGUCUACAAAAUGAAGCACCUCAGCUCUGAAGAUUCGAGAAGGUUAUUCACGAGCAGAGUAUUUGGGUCUGAAAACAAGUGUCCAUCUAAUUUUGAGGAAGUUUCAAAUGAAAUUCUGAAGAAGUGUGGCGGAUUGCCACUUGCAAUCAUCACUAUAGCUAGCCUAUUGGCUUCCCGUCGAGAAAGAUCAAGGAAUGAUUGGGAGAACAUACGGAAUUCUCUAGGUGCCCAGUUUGCCAUAAAUCCCACUCUGAAAGGGAUGAGGAGUAUAUUAAACCUCAGCUAUAUGAAUCUCCCUCUUCAUCUCCGCACUUGUUUUCUUUACCUUGGCAUGUAUCCAGAGGACUAUGAGAUUGUGAGGGAUGAUCUCGUCCGAAAAUGGAUAGCCGAAGGCUUUGUCAGUAGUUUGCAUGGAACAAAUUUGGAGGAUGUUGGGAUAAGUUAUUUCAAUGAGCUAGUCAACAGAAGCCUGAUUCAGCCUACAAUGAGCAUAUACGGGCAGGUGUGUUGCAAAGUACAUGACAUGAUGCUGGAUCUGAUCUUGAGAAAGUGUUCAGAAGAUAAUUUUAAUAGUGUGGCAUAUAGUUCUAAAGAGAUGACAAGACUGCGUGACUGCACUUACAAGAUCCGUCGGCUGUCUCUGAUAUCAAGUGUUGAUAGAACAACAAAAGAAACAAUAUCUUGGACAGUUUCGGAUAGCACGUCACAAGUUCGGUCAUUGACAUGGUUCGGAGAUUGCAAGUCCAUACCUCGUCUUUCUCAGUUGAAGUAUAUCCGUGUGUUAUUCUUUGAAAAUUUAGAUGUAUCUUGGGGUUCACAUCUGGACCUCACUGCUAUCAGCCAAUUGUUCCAACUGAGGUAUUUAAAGGUUCCAUAUUAUUGCAAUGCAAAGCUUCCCAAAGAAAUUCGGGGGCUUGUGCAUUUGGAUACGUUGGAUGUACAAAAGGGAAGCAUCCCGUCAGACAUAGAGCACUUGCCCCGUUUGUCUAAUCUGACAAUGGGUUCGUUUGGGAAGAUAGGGCUACCUGAAAGGAUCGGGAUCAUGGAAUCACUUUGCACACUCGAUGGUUUCAAACUGCAGAGUUCGCUGGAGGCUCUUGAGGGCCUUGGUAAGCUGACUAAUCUGAGGAGUCUGAAGCUUUAUAGCUCUGAUGAUGAUCAGCGCAAUCUGCUGGAGAAGUCGAAGUUUGAUGCUUUCGCCUCUUCUUUUUGUAAGCUACGCAACCUCAAAUAUCUAUGGAUUGUAGGCAAUCAGGAUGAUAAGGACGACAUUUUAGCCUCAGUUUCAGAUUGUCCUGCCCUUAUCGAGGAAAUGUGCCUUCGCAGGUGGAAGAUGUUGGGAGUUCCUAAAUGGAUCGGUGAUCUCAAUUGCCUGCGACGCCUGGGAUUGUCUGUUAGGGAGACGAAAACUGAUGCUUUUACUAUUCUUGGAGGACUGCCAUCCCUUGUAUCCCUCUACCUUACAGUUGGCACAUUCCCUAAAGAAGAGGCUGUAAUCAUGAGCAAGGGAUUAUUCCCAGUUCUGGAGCGCCUUACAUUCCUCUCUGACGAAGAUGUUAUAGCAUAUCUGCGGUUCGAGGCAGGAGCUAUGCCCAAGCUACGACAGCUCAGUCUGCAUCUCAGAGUGCCGCAGUGGGGUGGAGCUGCACCAGUUGGUAUGGAGCACCUCUUAGCCCUCCAGAAAAUCAGUUUACUUGUAUUCGGCACCAAGAAGGAAUCUCGUGAACAAGUGAAUCUUGAAGUCCAGUCUGCGUUUAGGAACGCCGUGCAACUGCACCCAAGACCUCCUUCCGUGGAUAUUACCUGUUUAUUGGAGGAGAAAGCAUGGUAUGCACUAACAAGGAGCCAACUAAAGGCAGCUCUCUUCAUCAGCCUUUGCUUGCUUCUCACACGCGCACCGCACACAAACACUGCUAGCUCGCUAGUGAACCCAGAGAGGAAGGAGGCCAAGCUCGAGAUGGCAAUGCCAAUCGUGAGCGCCGCAGCGGGGGUGAUGAACCCCCUCAUUGGCAAACUCACCACACUGAUGGGAGACGAGUACAAGAAGCUCAAAGGAGUGAGGAAGGAGGUGACUUUUCUCAAGCACGAGCUCAGCGCCAUGAAUGCUUCCCUUGAGAAGCUGGAGUUCAUGGAAAAACUCGAGCCAAAUACCAAGAACUGGAGGGACCAUGUCAGGGAGAUGGCCUAUGACAUGGAGAAUUGCAUCGAUGACUUCAUGCAGGAUCUUGGAGGUGCCGACGCCAAGCCCAGUGCAGGCUUUGUGAAGAGGACUGUUCGGCGCCUGAAGACACUGAGGGUGCGGCACCGGAUUGCCGGCCAGAUUGAGGAGCUCAAGGCUCUUGCAGUAGAGGCGAAUGAACGGCGAAUAAGGUACAAGAUUGAUGAUUGCAAUACUAGUUGUGGCUCUGUGGAUAUUGAUCCGCGGAUUUCAGUGAUGUACAAAGACGCUGCUGGACUUGUGGGUACUGAUGGCCCAAAGAAGGAGAUUGUCAGUUUGUUAACAGUCACCGAGAAGAAGCUCAAGGUGGUGUCCAUCGUGGGAUUUGGAGGACUGGGUAAAACUACCCUUGCUAAUCAGGUGUAUGAUGAUCUCGAAGGGCAAUUUGACUGUAAGGCAUUUAUUCCUGUCUCUCAAAAACCAGACAUGCCACGGCUUCUCAAUAGCCUAAGCUUAAAGCUUGGGAUAAAUGAGUCCUCCGGUAUUUGUGAGGUGGAAGACAUCAUCGGUCAACUUAGAGAACACCUUGCAGACAAGAGGUAUAGUUACAUCUUUACUUCUACAAGCAUUCUUGCAUUUCUGCAGGAUAGUUGAGUAAUAGUUUAACUAGAUUUAAGUUUACACCCUAUGUUUCCAAACGUAUUUUGCCUGUCCGCAUAUGACUUUACUAUAAAUGUUUUUUUACAAAGAAAGACAAAUAAUUAUAAAAUCAUCAGAAUUGAAAAGUGUGGUUCAACACUGAUCCAACAAUGUCAAUUGGUUGUAACAUUACUCACAUAAUAUUAGAUAUCACAUAAUUUGAGAAGUCAAAAUGUACCUGACAUACAGAGAAACCAAGGGAGAAGUGCAAGCAUGCCUUACAGUCAAGUUGCCCUCCAAGAUCAUGAGCCAACCGAUGGAUCAUUUAUACAGAACUAAAGUUUAGAAUAUAUACUAGCUCGUUGGCAGUUUAUAUAUGAAACUAGAUCAGUUUACAGAAGUCAUUUGUCCUGGAUCUACAUGUUAAUGAUACCAGAUUAGAACGCGGAAGGGAAAUUUUAAUUGCGAGUUCUCCACCCUUUUGAACAUGAUACUUAAUUAGUGUGCAGAAUUAUAAUUCGCACUGCCAAAUGAUCAUUGAUUUGUUCAUUAAUGUAGUCGUUAAAACGUGGUAUUAGACAGCUAUGCAAAACCAAAGUCUGGAUCGUGGACUGGUUGCCUGCCACUGAACUUGUUGGUUCUUAGUAAAUACUCCCUCUGUCCCAAAUUACUUGUCCCAAAAAUGGAUAAAAAUGGAUGUAUCUAGACCUAAAAUACGUCUAGAUACAUCUAUUUCUUCGGCAAGUAAUCCCGGACGGAUGGGAGUAUUUCAUAUAAACAAAGUUGUCAACGUGAUGAAGUAGGUCGCUUGUAUGUAACAUUAGACAAAUAUGUGGA